AUGGUGACUUCCACAGACCAUCCCAUGAUGACUCAGCAACCCCCUCAGAAGUUGAUCAAACCUGUAGAUAACCGCAUACCUCUCUGUGCAGACAAUCUUGUUGAGGCUGAUAUGCUAUCUGAAGUCGGAAAGGCUUCAAUGGUUGGCUUGACUGUAGGUGUAAUCUAUGCAAGAGCGUUUGGAUGGUGGGUUGCCAGCAGCAGACCUGCUAUGAUGAGUGAAAUGAAGACAAGAGGUGCUCUGCUUGCUGGUCUUGGAGGUGCCUUUAGCGCAUCCAGCAUUUUCUUAGCCAAGAUUCGUCAUACAGAUGAUUUUUGGAACACGGCAUUCGGUGGUGCAGUGGUUGGUCUUUUGAAUGGUGUUUACCGUCGAAGCCCAGCAAUGGCAUUUGGGCAAGCUGCAUUGUUUGGAUUCAUGGGUGGUUAUGCAUCCUGGAGUGGUCGGGAAACAGAGCGAUCUAACCAAUACCGUCUGGAAGAUCGUCGUCUUACCGAUGGACAAAACUUUUUUGCAUGGCCCAAACCUGAUCCAUUUGCACAGCGUAUUGCAGAAAUUCAAGCCCGUGAUGAAAAGAGUGCUGAAUAAACAUUUUUAUAGUUUCAGUUGAUA